GACAAAAAAAACUAGAAAUGCCUUCUGGUGUCAUAUUCAUAAUAUAUAUUCCUUCCAGUAACUAUGAACAUAUUCUUAAAUUCGGUAAGCCGAAGGAAAUGCUUCCGAUAGACGACGCGUCGUUCGAAAAGUGUCGCUUGGAAGUAGAGCUUCGUAAUAAAAAAGGGAAAAGCCUUCCCAUACAUUUGACACAGAGCUACUAUAACGAAAGCUUUAAUCCUAAAUUGGAAAACAUUAACGAAGACAAUGAGUUUAUCACAAUGGAAAGCAUUUUGGAAGAAUUGUUAAGAAAACUAAAUGUCGAACAAGCAGUAUGGUUGAGCGACAAAUUAGGUAAUUACUACGAGGUCGUUUUUCCUCUAGCCACUGGGGACCCAUGCGAGACCAUGCUACAUUGUCUCACGCAACUAGGAAUUGGCGUUCGAAGUAAAUCUAUAGUCAGCGUUCUACCUUGUAAUGUGGUGCAUGCGGCGAUUGAAUUUACUCUUGAUGAUGAUGACGCAAUGCUAAGAAAAAGUGAAGAAGCAAAACGAUGGCGCAGUUUCGUUGAGUCAAUUAGGUCAAAACUGACAGUCAAGCAAGUUGUAGACGGCGUCCGAGGCGGUGGAGAGCUAUCGUUUGACUAUCUUACGCUUAUUAUAACUGCCGAUUCCUUAGCGGCUCUGGGCCUUGUCGAAAACAAUGCAUCGAAUAUAGUGGCAGCCAUGUUAGUCUCACCUCUUAUGGGACCAGUGAUGUCAAUAACGUUUGGUACUAUCAUCUCUGAUAGAAGCUUGGUUCGAAGCGGUUUCGAAAGCUUGGUUCUGGGGAUGUUUCUAUCCCUCUUAUUUGGAUUUUUUUUCGGCUUAAUUUUGGGCACCACCGAAAUGCCUUGGGGUUUUGGAGAUUGGCCAACAGAAGAAAUGAAGUCAAGAGGAAAUGUCCGGUCGUUGUGGAUGGGCGUGCUCUGGGCUUUGACCUCAGGAACGGGUGUGGCCCUCGCUCUUUUGCAAGGCAGUGCUGGACCUUUAAUAGGGAUAGCAAUUUCAGCUUCCCUGUUACCUCCGGUUGUUAAUUGCGGUUUGUUUUGGGCGCUGGCAUGUAUAUGGCUGUUGUAUCCAGGCGUGAAAAUACCCCACAUCAAAGGGGAGCCGUAUUACGGUAAUUCAUCUUACGUGCCGCUCUACCAUGAAUACAUGCCUAUAGAGUUCGCUGUUAAUGGAAUCGUGAGUUGUUGUCUGACCAUCGUGAACGUAAUCUGCAUAUUCAUAACCGCUAUCAUCUUUCUUAAAAUCAAGGAGGUGGCGGCACCCUACACCUCUACUCCCGAUUUAAGGAGAUUCUGGGAGAAGGACAUCAAAGUAGCGCGAGAAGCGAACCGUGCUAAUUUAUAUAAAGCUGAAGAUGAUGAACGAACUGAGUUAGUAUUGGAAGACUUACAACAAAGUAACGAUGAGGACGUUAAAGAAAAACUGGAAGCAGCUGUUCAAGAAGCACUCGAUGAUGAGACGUAUAGAAAAGUUAAGAGAAUGAGCUAUCAGAGCCAUACCGCUGACGAGGUAAUCCGUACAAUUGGACUUCAAGCUCGAAGCCCAGCGUCAAUCCAAUCAAGUGUUAUCGCGUCUGGGGUAGCGACCCCUCGCGGUAAGGGAUCCAAUAUUAACGACAUCGCUGCUUUGGACAAACUGCUGACUUCGCUACUGGGCUUGCAAAAUAAAAGAACUAGAUCAUUCAGAUCACAUUUCGGAACGCCGAGAACAAGUAGAUUACCAACUUUAGAAGAAUUUGGACGAAACAGACGUUCCGAGUCGUGGUCAGAUAAAAUAUUUGAAGACUCCAUUGUUCGGAACGUAAUAAGCAGUUUGAAGUCUAGCAAAAGGAGUUCUGCAGCUGAAGAACCUUUUUUGACCCCCAAAUAAUAAUUGUAUAACAUUUUACGUAAAA